AUGCCACAACUGGUCUUUUUUGCUUUACUUAGCGCAGCAUACAUUUUUUGGGGGACGCUGCAGACGCUCAGCAUUAAGUGGGCAGAUGUGCUCACGGCAACCGAUCGUUUUCAGGACUAUAAAUAUGGUUUUGCACACCCUUUUGUUCAGGCGUUCAUCAUGUUUGUGUCAGAGGGCCUCUCCUUGGUCGUGCUUGGCGUUCUGAUACUGGUGAAACGAUAUGUGCGCCGGCAAAAAAUUGUCAGGGGGGAUGACGUUGCUUUGCCGUGCAAUCCUAUCGUGUGGAUGCUUCCUGCAGGAGCAGACCUUGGCGCGUCUAUCUUGCAGAACAUGGGUCUGAUGUUAACGUACGCCUCUGUGUAUCAAAUGUUGCGUGGCGCAGUGCUGCUCUUUGUGGGGCUGCUGUCGCGCAUUUGGUUGGGACGACGGUUUACACGCGUGGAGUGCGUUGGAAUGUUUAUUGUGGCUGUUGGUCUCACACUUGUUGGACUCAGCUCCGUUUUGGGUCGCUUUUCGUCAGGGACGAGUAACGCCAAUCGGAGUCCCUUUCUUGGGAGCGUGCUAAUUGUGUUGGCGCAGGUGUUACACGCCUAUCAAGGUGUUUGUGAGGAGCGCCUUGUGAAGUUGUACCGCGUCCCCCCAUUGCAGAUGGUGGGUACAGAGGGAUUCUAUGGAGUGGGAAUGAUCCUUAUGCUUUUGGCGGUUUUUCAGCUAUUUCCUUUCUCCCCAUUUCAACAUAACAUUGUUGGUCCCAUCGACAGUGACACUCAGCACAACAUGGAACACGCACGUGUUCCAUUUGACGAUGUUAUUCUCGCCUUUGAUCAAAUGUGGCUAAGUCGUUCCUGCUUGCUCUCAAUGCUGGCGUACAUUUUGGGAGGGUUUUUUUACAAUACAUGUCAAAUGACAAUUAUUAGGCAUUUUUCGGCUACGAAUUGUGUCAUGGUGGGGUCCUUGCGUAAUAUUGCCGUGUGGGUGGUGGCUCUUUCCCUUUCCAGAAUAUUUGAUGAACACUUUAAUGUGGUGGAGUUGGCUGGUUUUUUAUUUCUUGUUGCAGGAAAUGUUGUGUUCCAGAAUGUCAUUCCAGAUCACUGGUGGCAUAAAUGCUACGAAGUUGUGCUUGGCCAGCGUGAGGGACAAGGUGAGCAUGAACGUACAGAGGAUGUUUUAGAGGUUGCACAGGAAGGUGAUGUGCUUUCCCCGCAUACCAUUCGGCAUGCUGCCAAUGCGUAA